CGGAAGACGCAUCUCACUUCUCAUGACCAAUCGAUCCCUACAAGCCCGGGCGGAGCGAAGGGAGCACAACUAUCGCCACUACUCCAUUGUACUGCGAUCACUCUUCUCGGCGGCUCUACGGCUGUCACAAAGCGACUACAACUUCUGCGGAGAGUUUGUCUUCAAACUAAACAUACCGGCUUUUAACCGGGUCGGUCCAUCCUCAAUGUGAUGUUGAGAUGGGACUUUGCUACUUGAUCACAUUUGGAGCCCGUUGCUGUUCCAAAAACUCACGGUUAUCAGAAGCGGCUCCAGCCCGGUACUAUUCUGCACGGGCUCUUCUUUGCGUCUUUCCCUCUGAUCCAGCGCGAUUGGGUUUUGUAAGAACCGGAGCGGAGACACCAGCGAAAGGAUUGUGAGGAAAAUACUUUGGAGUUUGAAGCAGAAAGUGUCUUCUGGAUAAUCCCUUCGUUCCUGCAUGCAGUCAUGAUAUCCAGUUUAUAAAUCUGGGUGCUUCUUCUGUUUGAGGGGGAGAAGCAGGAAGAAGAGGUGAGCUAAGGCGGGAAUGGAUGCAGCCAUGGCCUGUUAUUUAUAGACAGGCUACUCAGUGGAACAGACCAAUUAAAAGGAAAGCAGGAUGAAACUGUGGGGACGGUCAGCUUGGCCUUUGCAGGUGGCCUACCUCGUUGCCUUGACGAUGCUCUACGUUGACCCUGUGUCCGCUGGCAGCCGCAACCAUCGGGGAUCGACAGUCUCCUAUCAAGUGAAGCAGGGGACUUGUGAGGUUGUGGCUGUUCAUCGCUGCUGUAAUAAGAAUAAGAUCGAGGAGCGUUCCCAAACUGUCAAGUGUUCCUGUUUCCCUGGGCAAGUUGCUGGCACCACCAGAGCCAGACCCUCAUGUGUUGAAGCCUCCAUUGUAGUUCAGAAAUGGUGGUGCCAGAUGCAGCCAUGCAUGGACGGAGAAGAAUGUAAGGUCUUGCCUGACUUGACUGGCUGGUCCUGCAGUACUGGCAACAAAGUCAAAACCACUAAGGUCACACGAUAACAAGAGAGUUACUGGAGUAAGAGAAGAAGUGCCAUACUUCAUCUGGAAACGGUGGAUAACUCAUUUGAAUUCAUUUAAAAAAACAAAAAAAGGGAGGAAAUGAGGAGGAUGGAGGAGGAUUUCAGCAUACCAUAACAAAACAAGACAAAGUAACUAUUGUAUUCCUUACCUGCGGCCAUGAGAAGACUACAAUGACAGUUUCCAAGGAUGCAGAAGGACAAGAAUUGACUCUUUCGUUUCAACUGUUGGACAUGCAGAUGACUGAAACCCAUUCUAAAGACUGAUUAAGCAUUUCAAAGCGUGUCUUUAAGCAAAGCAUUUGUAGAGACCUGAGCAUAAUGAACUGUGCGUAGUGCGCCACUGGACACAAUGCAGACCUUUUGUCAACAUGUAGCUUAUACACUGGAGCCAAGAGCUAGAAGCUCAUAACUAGCAAAUUAGAAUCAAAUUGCUCUUUUGGGUCAAGUCGCGACCACAAAGACUUUUUUGAGAGACAAUUUGUAGUUCUAAUUAGGAAUUGCAGUGUAGGAACAGAACAACAUAUUAAAAAUUCAUGUAUGAUAUUUGCACUAGUUGAAACCUUGGAUAAUGUUUUGUUACUCCCAGUAUCACACCGUGGAGGUCAUGCAGAGCUUAAAAUCCUUGUAAAACAUCUGACAUUUGAUGUACCGGCAAAUACAAGGUAGUCUCAUUACACCAGAGUGGUUGAAAAUGGCACCAGUAUAAAUGGGUGCAAUACAAACUAGCAAAUUGGGAUCAUCCCAUAUUUUUGGUAGUUAUAAAUAUUUGUUCUGUGACAUCUCAAUUGUCAUCUUUUACAGGAUACCCA